AUGGACGGCAUUUUGCCUGCAAAAGUGUCGAAAAGAGGACACUGGCUCCACAUUUCGAAAAUAAUUGAAGUGGCUGCUCAACUACGUGUGAGGUGGACGUGCUGCGACGCGUUGAUCAUCCGCACAUCAAUAAUCUCGAAGAGUAUUCCGAAGAUCAAGAUUGUUGUAGUCGAAAAGUAUCCCCGAUGGAGCUCUGAGACAAUGAUUGAACAAACAGGCACAGAAAUUGGUAGUCGAGAUAUGCCUUGGUAUGGCUGA